CGUGUAUAUUAUUCAUAGAUUAGUAUAGAGUUUACGAUAUUAAUUUUUUAAAAAUAAUUAUGCACCAAAUGUAAACGAGUAUUCGAAAAUAUAACCUCAAAAACAAUUUAUAUUGGCAUGUAUGCACGCGUGUGUGUGUAAAUAUAAAAUUAUCUAUUUAAGAAGAGAUAAUAGAAAUACUAUUAUAUUGAUAGAAACCCGAUUGAUCUGAUAAAAUUAGUGGGUUAAAUAAUUAAUUGUUUAAUGUAUCAAUACAUGAAUUUAUAAAUGUUAGGAUAAUGAGAAAAAAUGACGCCUGAUAUGAUAAAUAACCUUAAACUAUCUUAAAUUAGUGAGUUUAUAGUGGUAAUACCAAACAAUAUGGUAUUAUCAACAAGAAUGUCACAUAAAGUGAAUAGAAUUUCUUAUCACUAUCACAAUGUUUUUGUUAUAUGUUUAUUAAUAUUUACAUUGUUUAUAAUUUUAAUUACUGCAUAUCAUAUUUUUAAAUUUGGGAGUACACAAAAACGCUCUGUAUAUAAUGCUAUCAUUCUUAAUGACUUACAGUCAUUGCCGAUUCAAGUAAUUGAUGAAGAUCUUCCAGUGGCAGAUACUACAAAUAUUUCUUGCACAUACUUUAGUUGUUUUAAUGUUUAUCGCUGUGGUAGUCAAGGAAAUAAACUUUUAGUAUAUGUCUAUCCCCCAAAAAUAUAUGUAGAUUCCUUGGGAAGGCCUAUAACAAACCAAAUAACAAAAGAAUUUUAUCAAAUUUUAAAUACUAUUAUUUCAAGUAAAUUUUACACACCAAAUCCAUAUGAAGCAUGUAUUUUCAUUCCUUCCAUUGAUACAUUAAAUCAAAAUAGAUUAAAAUUACAAGAAGUUUCGCAAGCCUUGAAAGCAUUGCCAUUCUGGAAUAAUGGAGAAAAUCAUUUAAUAUUUAAUAUGGUACCUGGAAGUGUACCUGAUUACAAUACAGUCAUUGAUGUACCUAUUGGAAAAGCAAUGAUUGCAGGUGCAGGAAUGUCAUCAUUAACGUAUAGAUCUGAUUUUGAUAUCAGUUUACCAGUAUAUAGCUCUCUUGUGGAUAAUCUUAAACCAAAUUUUAAUAAUAUAAGACCAUGGUUAGUUAUUUCAUCUCAAAUGAACAUUAAUUCUGCAUUUGAACAAGAUUUAUUGGAAGUUAAAUCUCUGUCGCCAAAGGAUAUCUUAAUAUUAGGUACAUGUUUGCAUUAUAGUUCUAUGAACAGUGCAAUUCGGUGUGCAGGAGAAGACGUUUAUAAGUAUCCUAAUGUGCUUCAAACAGCAACAUUUUGUCUAGUAAUUCGAGGUGCAAGACUUGGCCAGAGCACACUUUUAGAAUGUAUGGCAGCAGGUUCUAUACCUAUAAUUAUAGCUGAUUCUCUUACAAUGCCUUUUCAUGGGAUAAUUGACUGGAGCAGGGCUGCUAUAUUUGUACGCGAAGUCGAUAUCUUAUCAAUAAUAUCAGUUUUGAAAAAGAUAUCUCCACAACGAAUUAUAGAACUUCAAGAACAAGGUGCAUGGCUUUAUGAAAAAUAUUUUAUGUCUGUGGAAAAAAUAACAGAAACUGCAUUGGAAAUACUCGCAGAUCGUGUAUUUCCACAUUUAGCUAGAGAUUAUACAAUUUGGAAUAUACCAUCUCAUACAGAUAUUAUGUCUCCGCUGUUUCUACCAAUUACUGCGCCGAAAACUCGAGGAUUUACUGCUGUAAUUCUGACGUACGACAGAUUGGAAUUGUUAUUUCUUUUAAUUAAUAAACUUGUUAAAGUACCAAGCUUGUCUAAAGUUCUAGUUAUAUGGAAUAACCAACAGAAAGAUCCUCCACAUUCAUCUAGAUGGCCAAAGUUAAAUAAACCAUUAAAAGUUAUACAAACAAAGGAAAAUAAACUAUCCAACAGAUUUUAUCCUUAUGAUGAAAUCGAAACUGAAGCAGUUCUAUCAAUAGAUGAUGAUAUUAUUAUGUUAACUGCUGAUGAAGUGGAAUUUGCUUAUGAGGUAUGGAGAGAGUUUCCAGACCGAAUAGUUGGUUUUCCAUCUAGAAUUCAUAUGUGGGAUAAUGGAACAAAUUGCUGGAAAUACGAAAGUGAAUGGACUAACAGUAUUUCUAUGGUUUUAACUGGAGCUGCGUUUCAUCAUAAAUAUUGGAAUUAUAUGUAUACCACUGCUAUGCCCGGUGAUAUAAAAGAAUGGGUUGAUGAACAUAUGAAUUGUGAGGACAUAGCCAUGAAUUUUUUAGUAGCAAAUAUCACAAGAAAAGCACCCAUAAAAGUGACACCAAAAAAGAAAUUUCGAUGCCCGGAAUGCACAAAUACUGAAAUGUUGUCUGCAGAUUUAACACAUAUGGUAGAACGUACACAAUGUAUAAAUAGAUUCUCUUCAAUUUAUGGCACAAUGCCGUUACAGUCAGUUGAAUUCCGAGCAGAUCCGGUUUUAUUCAAAGAUAUAUUUCCUGAAAAACUCAAAAGAUUCAACGAUAUUGGAAGUUUAUAAACAUUCACCCAUUCUAAAAUAUAAUAAUAGAGAUCUUUCUUAUAUUAAAAUAAUUUAUAAACAAGAUACUAUACGAACAGUUGCAAAUGCAUUUUAAAAAUCAGCAAACGAAAUCAGUAUGAAAUAGACAAUUUAUUGAAACAUGUCUGAGUUUAUUAUAUCAAUAAUAGAUAGGUAGAUGUAUAUUUGGUGAUUGUUAUGUAGUUACAUGUGUAGAUAAUAUUUGAAACAGAAAUUCGUGGUUUUAGAAACCAGGAUAGUUAGAGUUUUCGAAAAAUAUAUUAAUUCGAAAAUAUCAGGAUUUCUUCAAAAAGGAAUGACUGAUCUUAUAUUCUUCUUAUGUGAUCUGAUCUUAUAUAUAUUUAUAUCUAGAAAAAUUGCUCUAACUUUUGUUUAAUAAAUUAGUAGAACUCAAAAUAUGUAUAGAUUAUAAGAAUAAAAAAACAUAAAUGUUAACCAUUUAUUUCUUACUAAUUUAAUGUAUGUAUGAGAUGUCGCAUCUUAAUGUUAAUAGAAAGAAAAGUAUAUAAGAAUAUAAAAAAAGAAUUAUGUAAGUACAACGUAUAACGCCUAUUUUGAUCUUUAUGUGUCGUAAACCUAUAUAAAUGUAGAACGGAUGAUGCCUAUAA